GUGAGGCUCGAGGAGGUCAGGUCGACCCUUGUCUCUGCUCCCUCUGGUCGGCUCGUAACGCGAUUUGCUCGAACACAGCCGUACGCGCGGUACUCGUUCCUCGAUUGUUGGCGAUAAAUAACACCCACGACGUGCAACCCUUCACCUUCCCGCGGGAAAACGUAAACGCGCGAACGACACGGUGGUUUCGCGUGUUCGCGUCGUAUACCCAGUGAAAGGGCGAGUCGUUCUCGUGGCCGUUGUUGUUGUGCCCGGGCCAGUGGUGGAUAGAGGUGCGAAAUCUCGUUGUGAUCAUCGGUGGCACGGCUGUCAUCGACCCGAUCACUGCCACAGGGAGUCUUGGAGGAAACGGACCGCUCUGUGUGUUCGCCCGCGGCCUAGUGACCUGACCUUGGGUCGGCCCGACCAGAGUUUCGAGCAUAAACAUCGAGCUUGCAUGGACCUCGACUGACCGGUCUUAAUGCAAGGACUGCGACGAGCAUCUAGUACAGCCGGAGAGGGUACGUACACGUCAGCUGAUUCAUUAGACAAUAAUUCUUGCCGAUUAACAUGGGGUACGUGUUUCUACUGUUACUUUAAAUGGAACGUGUGUUCAUUGAACAACGAGUGAAGUUGGAAAAGAGACGAACUGAAAACUCAAGGAUGUGAACAAUCAAACUAGCGCAAAUGCCCAACAAGGCACGGCCUCGUCGAGAGUGGUCUCCCCAGUCCCCUAUAGAUGUAUUGUGGAUGUCCCGCUCUGCUAUGAGGCCGGCCGAGGGCGACACUUCGGACUGCAUCCUGGUGGUUGGCAUAUCCAGACCGAAGAUGGCCGCCGCCUUCCUCACGGUCGUCCUCCUCUCCCUCUUUCUGACCUUCCACAUUCUCUACGACAGCGCGGUCUACAGCCUCCACGCGGCUUCCGCCGUCGAGGGUCGCACCGUCGAGCUCGUAUCUCAAGUUCGCGCCACACCGCCCCUGCUCUUCUCCAGCAAGGUCCACUUCCCUCGCACUAGCAGACAUCUACCCCAGGCGAUCAUCAUCGGGGUGCGAAAGUGCGGCACCAGAGCCCUCCUCGAGAUGCUGUUUCUCCAUCCGCAGAUACAGAAGGCCGCUGGCGAGGUACACUUCUUCGAUCGCGACGAUAACUACGGAAAGGGUCUCGAAUGGUAUCGGAGAAAAAUGCCCUACUCGUUUAGGGGACAGAUCACUAUCGAGAAGAGUCCUAGCUACUUCGUCACGCCAGAGGUACCGGAGAGAAUCCACGCGAUGAACGCGAGCGUGAAGCUGUUGCUGAUAGUGCGCGAGCCCGUAACCAGAGCGAUAUCGGAUUACACCCAGCUACGAACGCACGCCGCGACAGCGUCCACCGUAACGAACGGGACACCCCGUAGCGUUCAGCAGCUCCAGCAGCAGCAGGCGUCGCGCAGCUUCGAGGAGCUCGUGAUACGAUCCGACGGCACCAUCAAUGAAUCCUACAGACCCGUCGCGAUCUCUCUCUACCACACGUACAUGCACAGGUGGCUGGAGGUAUUCUCCAGGGAUCAGAUCCUUGUGGUGAACGGCGACCAACUGAUCGAGGAUCCAGUGCCGCAGCUGCGGAGAAUCGAGAGCUUCCUCGGCCUGGAGCCGAGGAUCGGCAGGCACAACUUCUACUUCAACCACACGAAGGGCUUUUACUGUCUGCGCAACGAAACGUCUGAAAAGUGUCUGAAAGAAAGCAAAGGCAGACGGCAUCCACGCGUGAGUCCCGUGGUCGUCACCAAGCUGAGGAGGUUCUUCAACGAACACAACCAACGAUUCUACGAGCUCGUCGGCGAGGACCUCGGCUGGCCCGAGGAAUAACCGUCGUAGAGACAUCGGUUCGAUCUCCACCGAUGACACUCUUGCACGCAGUCGCAAUGGAUUGUCGAGGCAAGAAUACAACUCGUUCCAAAAAGAAUACUUCUCUGAACACAUGGAUCCGGGAGGAACACUUCCCUACGGAAGAGUUCAGUUAGUUUCAAGAAAUCGCGAGAACAGCCUUGGAUGAAGCCGAGGAAUCCCUCGACGUGUCCCGAGACGAACAACGAAUCCAGAGAGAGCCUCGUGUAUCGCAGAAACUCGGCUGGCCCGAUGUUCUUAGCGAAGUCAACGCGACCGAGGACUCCUCUACUCGGCACGGUUGAGGAAAGGAUGCCACUCCUAAGGAGCGCCUCGACAAUUACGAAAUUCCAUGAGAAAUUCGAAGAAAGUAGGUGAAACAUCCAGUUUGACGGCAAUUGAGGAGGCAGACUUUCGAAGAACUCUGUGAAUUAGGCAACUCGAGCAUCCAGAUUGUCCCCGUGAUUGUCGGGUCGUCGAGAUGAAGAUUCAAGAGAAGAUUCAAGAGAAGAUUCAAGAGAAGAUCCUGUCGAAGAGCAGUCUUUCGUUGGAGAGAUUGCGCGCUUGUGAUUGUGUCGCUGGGAAGCGCAUAAUCGUUGGCGUCGUUCAUCGUUUCAACGAAUGCUGGAAGAUUCUUGCGGAACGAAAUGCUUCUAACUGGCACACCUCAUCGUGGAGAGAAUUAAGGCUGAUCAGGAUGAGUACCUUUUAUAUUUUACUGAUUAGCUGUAAGAUCAAAACGGGCUAACGCGUCGAUGGCGUUGGACCUGGCAGCCUGUACGUCAAUGUGCUCGAAUAUUUAGAGAAAUCCUCCUCGCAGGUUAUGGUUUCCAUUUUCAUCUAGUUUCAGGUGAUAGACUAAUAUCUCUUGCGUUUGUUAUCGAGUUGGAACUCGAUUUAAGCGUUGUUGAUAUUCUGCAAAUUAGCAAUCCACUGCUUUUCACCAAAUUCAUUGUUUGGUAACUGUAUCUGAAGAAUUCAUUUGUUGAAGUUUUUUUCUGUCAUUUCUUAGCCUCUUUUCAUACGAAAAAUUGAUUAAAACAACGUUAUUAUUGCAAUAACACAUAUGUUUCGUGGUUAUGCGUGUUAUACACCAAUUUAACUUUAUUUACUUGUGGUGAAGUCAUCGAGACAGUUUUCUUAUUUCAUUAUAUUCGUUGAGUAUUCAUCGAACAUGUUGCGGAUAAGUACUAGGUUGUCCGAUAAAUUCCCGGACACUUGCUACCAAUGAACCAGUUUACAAUAACAUUAUAAUCAAACAGUAAUUAUUUUUCAAAAUAAAUCCCACUAAAUUCCAUCUUUCUGCCAAUUGUUCAAUUCUGAUUUGGAUCAAAUGUCGUAAAGAAUUUUAAUGUCAAAGAUUCAAGCAUCAAGUGCCGACAAGUAGCCUUUUUUAAUUCAAGGAUACUUCGAUUCUCGGGUACAUUUAUCGAGAGCCACAAACAAUUCAAAGAGCCGAAGGUUGGCCCCCCUGCUGUAUACCAUAAUUUUUCCGCAAGCUUUCGUAAGUUAUUUCCCCAUACUCCUCGCACAUUUGAAUAUUUAUCAUCCCCAUUGAGUUAACGUCACAACCACGCACGAAAAGUCGCGAAAUUUCAAAUUUCAAAUUUCAAACUUCGAUUUCAAUUUCACCAAGCACAGUGGAUUGCUUAUUCGCGUAGCUAACAACGAGAGGAUAGAAAGGCGCGAUACGAUUCCUUAAAAGUGCAACAAUCCUGCGGGCUCUGCCGGAAGGGCGCUCGAGCACGCGAACUCGAGUGGUCGUUGAAGAGCCCGUGGCAACGAGCGAAGCCAUUAAAUCGAGUGCAUGCAAUUUAAUGGAUAUAUGCCCUGGCCAGAACUCUUUAUUAUUAGCGGCGAUCCCGAGUCCCCUCUUGCGUUCGCGUUUCAGUCGCUCGUCCUUGCGUGCUAAUUGCAUCGAAUUGCUUUUCCGAAUGCACCGUCGAGACCGAUUUCUCGCCAUCGAUCGACGCCCUGGAAAAAGAUCUCAUCCUCGAAACUCGACGAGAACGGGCGGACAGGAUUGGGGGUGGGGGGUCAAUAAUAAUCGCGCUGGGCGACAACUAUUGCAUGCACCGAAACGCGAAAUUUGGCACUUAGCCCGUCGAGCAAUUUGGACGAUGCGCUUUCGACAAGCACGCGUAUUGGGUUAAUGGUAUGUUUAGCAUUUCAGUGAGCCGUUAAUUAAAAUCAACAGUCCAAGAGCGUUUCACGGUAUUAAUUGAAACGGAAAGUUCAAAUUGUUUCCAAGAUUAUCGGUCAACCCCCGAUACCUAUCGGGAGAGACGUUGAUUAAUCCGAAAUGCGAGUCGAGUGGGAUUCGACGUAAAUGAUUGUUUUCCGAGUUGAUGAUUCUAAGCCGAAGCAAGAAAUUCUUGUUGAAGUUUAUUCUCGCGCUCGAGCUGCUCGCUUAAGUACGUGCAAAAUUGAAUAAUUCACGCAACUCGUUACAAACGCAAGCUGAAUUUGAACGCGUCGAUGCUCGGGGCGUACAUCAUUUUCGCGACGCAAAAUCGAGCCAAUCUCAGGGAAGAAAUCACCUCGUAAUCGCCACGCCCGCGUUACGUGCUCUGGAGGAUACGCACUUUCAACUGAGAAUCACGAUCCCGUUCGAGGCUAGUUUAUUCGCUCGCUAGAAGAAGAAUCGCUAGAAUACCAAUAACUUCCUAACGAUGUGUAACGCACACUAUAGUCGCGUUUCGCGAGAUCACGUAGCGCAGGCGAUGGGAAGAUAUUAAUUUUCACUCGACAGAGUGAUGCGUUAAGGAACAAGAACACCAAAACAUGGUACAAAGUUUAUCAUCUAUAAAGCUUCUCAUCUAUUUCUAUUUUUUCAUUCGCGAGGCAGACCAAGCUGUUGCUUGAGAGGCGUCAAGUAUAGCUUUCGCAGACCCGCUAUUGUACUUUAACCAGAAUUUUGGUUGAGGGGAUAGUCUGGCUCAGAAAACGCAAAAGGGCCCUUUACAAAACUGGUUUACUUUAUAAAUUUAGGGCCCUUUACUGGCACUGGUUACAAAAUUUUGUAUUCGUAAGUGUGUGCAUGCGUGAAUGUUUUUGUGUACAUGUAUAUGUAUGAUAUGGUUUACCAGAGAAUUGAGAGAAUAGUAAUGUCUAUAUAUGAAUUAUUUACUAAAUUUUUAAGAAACCUAUCUAUAUAUAUGAGUAAACUGCGUGUGUAUAUGUUGGCCUUUUGUUUUGAACAUUAAGAGUGGUUCGUUAAAAAAUGGAGAAUUUUAAUAUGGUAACGUAUGUAUACGAGGCACCGAUACUAUCAAUCUUUUGAAUGAAUUCUGUGCAUAUCAGUACGUGUUGAAAAUUACAGGAAAUUAAGGAAUUUAAUAUAGUAACUUCUAUAUAUGGGGGACUGAUACUAUUAAACUUUUGAAUAAAUUAUGCACGUGUGAAUAUGCGUAUACACGCAUUUUGAUUUUUGCUGUGCGCGUCAGUUUCGAAACUCGAGGAAUUACAUCAGGAAAUUGAGAAAUUUGGUACGGUAAUUUCCAUAUAUGCAACAUUAUAGCCUCAAACUUUUUAAUAAAUUCUAUUAUAUACGCAUGGAUGCGUGUAUGUGUGUAUACAUGUUGCCCCUUGUUUUGUUUAUAUAUCAUGUGUGGUUCAUUAGGACAUUGAGAAAUUUAACCUUUUAACGGCUGGCCUGGUCGAUAUAUCGACCAGCAGUCAGGUUUGGGACUCCACGUAAGAAAUUCAUCGAAUUUAUUUAUAAAUGUCACGUCUAAUAAUAGGUCGAUUUUAACUAACAUUUCCCCGCUGUUAAAAGGUUAAUAAAGUAACUUAAGUACAUAGGACACUAUUAAACUUAUGAAUACAUUUUAGAUGUAUGGUUGUGUGUACGUAUGUAUGUUGGCAUCUGUUUUGCUUUAUACUUCAGGUAUGCCUAAUCAGAAAAUCACAAUUAGUACGAUGACUUUCAUUCAUGAACUGAUACUAUUAAAUUUAAAAACUUACAGGCCCUCAAUCUAAGAUUGAACGACAGCGGUUGAAAACUCCUUUGCAUAAAAAAUAAAAAGAUUCAUAUACAUUACAUCAAAAAACAGUUUUUUUUUUUAUUUUUUGUGGAUGCUUGAUAAAUACAGUUCUGUUAUCAAACGCAUCAGUAAAUCCAAAGCUUAAAUUAGAAAAGUCCUCAUUUAAUUCUUUAUCCUUGAUACUUUCAAUUUAUUAUUUCCGUUUGAUCACAGGAUUUAUCAGAAAAACAAGACUGGAACGGUUUUCAACCGUAAACAAUUUCCUUAUGUAUGGAUAUAGUGUUAUAGCCGAAUAUUAAGGCUCCGUACUUUGAUCAAGAAAAGAAACAAUGUAUAUGUUUGUAUGUUGAUCUUUGUUUUCCUUCAUACAUGCGUUGUGAUACACCAGAAAAUCACGAAAAUUUUUACGGUAACUUCUGAUGCUAUUAAAUUUCUGAAUACAUUCUACAUGUAUGGAUCUGUGUAUGUAUGGAUGCGUUUUCAUGUUUGCAUCUUUUGAUUCAUACUUCAGGCUUGGUUUAUCAGAAAAUCACGUCAUUUCUAUGGUAACUGCCACUUACACGAGCU